CCAAGUCGCCUUUAAGUGGGCCUUGCCAGUAGAUCACAAGACAAAAUUCUAAAAGUUACAUAACUCUAAUAACUCCAAUAAACCAAAAGAAAUUCCAGCAAAUCGUUUUUACGACCGAACAAAGCAGAGCGAAACCCCUCUAGAAAUGAGAGGCUUUGCAAACUGGAUAAUCUGCUUGGGCCUGUCCCUUUUAAUAUGGACCAUCUUUUACUACUCACAGAUGAUGGCUGACCAAGAGGAAGCAGAGCAAAUGGAUGAGGAACUGCAGGAUGCGUUCGCGGACACUUGCAAGGGCAGCUCCAUUGAUGUAUACUUACAUUUCUUUUGGAUCUUCGCAUGCAUCUACGCGCUGUCCAAGUUUACGGAGCUGUCGGAACGCUACUUGAGCGCGAAGAUCGCAUCGAAGGAGCGCAGCUCUGAUAUGCGCAUCCUGAACGAGGAAUGGGAGAAGACGCUCAAGCUAUACGAACUGGAUAAGAAGCAAUUGGACGCUCAGCUGCAGGCGCUACGCGAAAAAAAUGGAGGCUUGGAGCAAUCGAUGCGAGAUCUACGGGAUUGCAAUUUGCAUUUGAUCAGUGAGAACUUCAUGCGUACUGUGCUGCAGGAUCAACAGAUUCAGGGCUUGGCUCAGCGUGUUCAGGAUCAACAGCCCUCGAAUAUCUAUAUAACAAAUCGACAUAUUCACCUGACCCGACAGGUCUUUCUCAACGAUGGGCAGGUUGACCUCGAUCGUCAGUUGCGCAACGUGGGCGGACAGGAGCAAUCGUUAAACGUCUGGGUUCAAUACCUCAAGAUGCGCAAAUGCUACAUGGGGCCCAUAGCUGACCCGAAGUUGGUGCUGAACAACUAUACGGAGCAUAUGAUGCCCAUUGUCAUGACGACCGAGCAAUUGGCCAAAUUGCAGGGCAUGAUUUAACUUAUCUUUGUGACAGUUCUGUUCGUCUUUUGAUAUCCGGGGAAAUGGAACACGUGGGAUAUCACCAAAGUUCAAUAAAAAAAAAAAAAAAAAAAAAAACUGCAGAAAUUUUACCCACUGCAAUUAUGUUGAGAUAAACAAAAGAAGACUUUCGUACUGUUCAUAAAAAAAAGAAAAAGUAUAAAAAACUUUACGAAAUGUUUGCACCUCUCACUUGGGACGUCCCACCUAUUCUUAUGCUAAAAAUGAACAAUCAGCGAUUCGACAGGUCUUCCAGUCAGGUGUUACAGAUUUAUUUGCGAUCAAACUAUAUAUGUUUGCAAACAUUUUGAAUGGUAUAUUAGUGCAUUAUGUAAUAAGUAUAGUAAU